AUGUCUUCCUCCGCUACCCCCCUCGAGGAUAUCAUCCGCGAAAAGUUAACGACCUCUCUAAGCCCCUCGACCCUUCUCAUCCGCAAUGACUCGCAUCUCCACGCGCACCACGCCCCGAUGCAGGGGUCGACGUCUAGAGAGACGCAUUUUCAUGUAACUGUUACAUCUUCAGCCUUCCAAUCGAAAAUGCAAGCCGCACGGCACCGGAUGAUUUACGCUCUACUGAAAGACGAGAUGAGCCAGGAAGGCGGAAUUCAUGCACUACAACUCAAGACGAGGACACCGGAGGAAGAGCAGAAGCAGGGAUAG